GAGGCUCCAGUUCAAAACCAGAGCCCCCGCAAGACUCUCGAACCCUCUUAGUGACCGUGCAGUGAUCAGUGUUUGUUUUAAUAUCUCUAAAUUCUGCUUCUAUCGGAAUACCAAUAAUUAUAAGGUUGCCAGCGUAUGAAGCAGUUUUCUUGCAUGGGACAACAUGUCUGAAAGUUAUCUCGGGUCAGCCAUGUUGAAUAUCUGCGGUGCCUAGCGUGAGAGGGGCGGUGAAAGGAGUGGGGUGGCGGAACGAGUCUAGUUGAUGUGCAGAGUCAGUGAGUGCGAGUGAGAUGUGUGGGUCGGACGUGGUGAUGGCGAGUUAGCGCGAUGACGGUGAUCGGUGUCAUACUGCUGGCCGUCGGGCUGUGCGCCGCUUCCGAGGUCCCGGGGCAGAUGCAGUCGAGGGCCGUAGAAACUCGGGUCCAAUACGAGAUCAAGGAAGGACUGCCUAAAGGGAGCAAAGUGGCCACAAUCCCGACGAAAGCCGGCUUCACGUACAGGUUCAACGAAUCGCCUGCGGAAUUCACGAUGAACGGUACGACGGGCGAGAUAAGGACGACGACCGUCCUGGACCGGGAAGCCCUGCCGACGGACCGUUUCGACUUGGUCGUCCUGUCCUCCCAGCCGACUUACCCGAUCGAAGUGCGUAUCUUGGUGUUGGACGUGAACGACAAUUCGCCGGAAUUCCCUGAGCCGAGCAUCGCCGUCUCGUUUUCGGAGAGCUCGGUCGCGGGGACGAGGGUCCUCCUGGACUCGGCGGAGGACAGGGAUUCCGGUGUGAACGGGGUGUCGGACGAUUACAGGAUAGUCGCCGGUAACGCGAAGGACAAAUUCCGCUUAGAAGUGACGGCGAAUCCGAGCGGCGAGACUUCGUACCUCCACCUGCAGACGACCGGCGAUUUGGACAGAGAGGAACGUUCCUCGUACCAGCUGAACAUUUCCGCGAGGGACGGAGGCUCUCCGCCCCGUUUCGGUUAUCUCCUAGUCAAUGUUACGAUUUUAGACGUCAACGACAAUCCGCCGAUAUUCGACCACAGCGAUUACAACGUAUCGUUGAAUGAGAGCGUGCCGGCCGGUACUCGCGUGUUGCAAGUGAUGGCGACGGACAACGACGUCGGCGACAAUUCUAAAAUAACUUAUUACCUCUCAGAAAGUGAAAGGAAGUUUACAGUGGAUCCGGAAACGGGUGUGAUAUCGACAGCGGAACUUUUAGACUGUCCCCAUCAAAAGUGUAUUCAGAGCGGGGAAACUGUGGGCUCGUGUCCCAAGUCGUGUGUGUUUACGGUCUACGCCAGAGAUCACGGUUCGCCCAGGCAGGAUGGAAGGACUUAUGUCACUGUUAACUUAGUCGACGCUAACGAUCAUGACCCUACGAUUAGGUUUAAGUACUUUUUUCCGGCUAAUGUCGAUUACGCUACUGUGGACGAGAACGCCGCAAAUGGUUCCGUCGUGGCCGCUGUAUCCGUACAAGACCUGGACGAAGGAUUAAACGGGGAAACCCACGUCGAAAUAAAAUCGGGAAACGAGCUCAACCAUUUCAGCCUGGAGUACAGUGAAACUUUUCAUAUCGUGAGAGUAAACGGAGUGCUGGACAGAGAGCAUAUAAACAAGUACAAUUUAACGAUAGUCGCUACAGAUAAAGGGUCUCCUCCCAGAACAGACAGAGCGUUUUUAAUAAUAAAAGUGAACGACGUGAACGAUCACGAACCCGUUUUUGAAAAAACCGAAUAUUCUGCGAUAUUGAGCGAGUUGGCCCCGCCCGGUAGUUACGUCGCUGGAAUAACGGCCACCGAUGAAGAUUCAGGCGUGAACGCCCAGAUCUAUUACGCUUUUGUCUCAGGAAAUGACAAUCAAUGGUUCGAAAUCGACACAAACUCUGGUCUCAUCACGACGAAAUCCCCCCUGGACAGGGAAGUUCAGGGAACCGUAGAGUUGAAAAUUUCCGCAAGAGACGGCGGCCCGAAUCCAAAAUGGGCCUACACGCAUUUAAAAGUAAUUAUUUUAGACGAAAACGACGAAAAACCUUCUUUCAACCAAGAAGUGAUAAACGUGAAUUUAUUGGAAAGCAAACCUGCUCAAACCCUAGUCGCUAUGCUGACUGCCGAAGAUCACGAUCAAGGGACGAACGGCACUGUCACAUAUUCUUUACACUCCGACGUCCAGCAGCGUUACCCUGGAAUGUUCACCCUCAACUCUUUGACAGGAAAACUCACGACUAACACCAAAUUAGACAGAGAAAGAGAAUCACGGUAUGAAAUUAGGGUCAUAGCCAAAGAUCAAGGUACACCACCUCAAUCUUCGACUGCGACAGUUUUGAUCAAAGUCGACGACGUCAAUGACAACAGCCCGGAAUUUUAUCCCCAACAAUAUUUUGUACUCGUGAACGAAAAUCACCCGAUCGGAACUUCUCUACUUCGAGUUACGGCUAAAGAUCGCGACGAAGGAGAGAACGCAGUAAUAAGGUUCAACGUCGAAGAAGGAAGUUCAGGAAUGUUUCAAAUCGACGAAAACACCGGAGUUAUAUCUUUAAAACAGUUUUUAGGAAAAUCGCAACAGGCUUUGUUCAAACUGAGGGUGUCCGCUAAGGACAAAGGCGGCAGGAAGGCCGUAGAAGACGCUAUUGUGGAAAUUAUAAAGGAAAGCCAAGCGGAAGAAUUGGAAUUCGAUUCAUACGGAGCGUUCGCAUUCAGCAUAAUGGAAGAUCACGAGAAAAAAGAGCCGAUUAUCGGCAGAAACGUAGGAAAAGUUCAGGUCAGCCACCCGCAGAAAAAUCACAUAAGAUAUUCCAUCGUGUACGGUGAUGAGUUAAAAACGUUCAAAAUCGACGAAAGAACGGGCGUUAUAACAACUGCGAAUAGGAUCGACAGAGAGCUGACUCCUUUGUACAGCUUGACGGUAGCAGCACGUUCCGGUCUAUCUUAUGGAAAAUGUACGGUGAACAUUACAAUUUUGGACGAAAACGACAACUCACCAGUUUUUUCGAGGGACAACGACAAAAUCACCCUCGCCGAAAACGCUGCCGUCGGCCAGGAGGUUUAUCUCGCAGUGGCUCGUGACGGCGAUUCAGGAGCAAACAGCAGAAUCACAUUUAAUCUAAGCUCAAAUUCCGAUAAUCAUUUCAGAAUAGUGGAAAAUACGGGAGUUGUUUAUUUAAAUAGACCGAUCCGAGGCGAGCCGGGGACUCAAUUAUCCGUUGAAAUCACCGCCACGGAUUCGGGAUCUCCUCCUUUGUCCUCUCGACAUCUAGUCAUCAUAACAAUCGAAGACGUCAACGAUCAUACUCCUGUAUUCGAUCACACGUCGUACGAAACGUCCCUUCUCGAAUCCACGUCGGUAAACGAAAGGUUUUUCGCCCUAGCGGCUACCGAUGCCGAUUUGGGAUCCAACGGGUUAGUCUCUUACAAAAUCAUCGAAGGUAACAACGAAGGCAAAUUUGGAGUUUUCCCCGAUGGGUAUGUUUAUGUGAAAAGCCCGUUGGAUCGUGAAGAUCGAGAUUACUAUUCUCUCACCGUGAGGGCGAGUGAUCACGGUACACCGCCUAGAAGUUCAACUGUGCCGGUCGUAAUUCACGUGAUCGACGAGAACGACAACAAACCCGAGUUCACCAAUUCCACUUUCAAAUUUCAAAUCAGGGAAAACGAACCGGCGGAUUCUUUCGUCGGAAAAUUGACGGCCGUGGAUAACGACAUCGGAAGAAACGCGGAACUGACGUUUUCUUUUACAAAAUCCGACUUCGCGAUCGACCCGAAAAACGGUUUUAUCAAAACUCUCCAUGUGUUCGACAGGGAAGAACUGAUUGAAAGGACUGGUCAAGACUUUAUAAGUUUGGAAGCUACUGUGACCGAUAACGGCAUCACCAGAUUAAAAGACAAGGCCACUGUUAAUGUUUACAUAAUCGACGUGAACGAUAACGCGCCUGAAUUCCUGCGAACGCCUUAUAAAGUUCAAAUUUCAGAAGGGUCAAAUAUCGGAACACAGGUGAUACGGGUUUUUACAGACGACGCAGACGAUGGCCUGAACGGAGACGUUUUUUAUACGUUGUCCGAAGGAAACGAAGAAGGAAAAUUUACAAUCGACGAAGCUACGGGGCAAAUUUCAAUAGCAAAAUUACUAGACAGGGAGACUAAAUCGAGAUAUUCGUUGACAGUCGUAGCUCACGACGCGGCGAUAUCGUCCAGGCUCAGUUCGACGGCUACUAUCGUCGUCGACGUCCUAGACGAAAACGACAACGCGCCAGAAUUCACACAGACCGACUACAAGAUCAGCGUUCUCGAAAAUACACCGGUGAACACGGAAUUGAUUCAAUUUCGUGCGACAGACGCCGAUUUGGGCAUGAACAGCGAAGUGUUAUUUUCAAUAGGGACGGGAAACCGGCGAGAUACGUUCCAUGUCGAUCCCACUACCGGUUCUCUUUACCUCCAUAAACAACUCGACUACGAAGAACUUAAUUCUUACAUACUAAAUAUAACAGCUUCCGACGGAGGUAAUCCCCGGCUGUCGACUACUCUGUUAUUUACGGUGAACGUUGAAGACUGUAAUGAUAACCCUCCGUUCUUCACAAACACCGCCAUCGUCAGACAGAUUAAGGAAAGAAUCGCGGAAAACACGCCGAUUGUGACCGUCACGGCGGAAGACCCCGAUUCGGGCACUAACGGCGAAAUCACAUAUUCUAUUCUGAAGCAGGAGCCGGACGACCCGAACCACCCGGGCAAACUGCAUUUCCAGAUCGACAAGAGGACAGGCGUGAUCAGGACGAGGUUGCCGAUCGACCGGGAAAUAGUGGACACUUUCAGGCUGACUGUCGUCGCCACGGACCAAGCACAGCCGGAGACGGCUCGACUCUCAGCGGAAAAGCUUGUCACGGUCAUCGUCGAAGACGUAAACGACAACGCCCCGAAUUUUGUCUCUAUGACAUCGGCCGUCUUGACACCUCCCAGGAGGCAGGGCCAGUUCAUCAUGAACGUGCAGGCUACAGAUCUAGAUUCAAGCACGAACGGCCUGGUCACUUACGACCUCAUCACCGGAAACACCGAUCUAUUCCAACUGAACCGCAACACCGGGGCAGUCACUCUCCGUAGGGACAUCUCUGACCCUGAUUCCAGGUACAAAAUCGCGGUCAAAGCGACAGACGAAGCGGUCCAAUCGGAUAGAAAAUCCACCGAUACUUACAUAACUAUCAUCUGCGCCGGGGGCGGAGGACCGUCCUUCGAAAAAGACUCCCUUCGAGGUAGUGUGUACGAAAACGAAGGGCCGGGAUCGAACAUAGUGACAGUACGCGCGUUGGCCUCCGGUUCCGACGAGGUCGAGUACUACGUGACGAACGUGACCGGGUCCGGGGGAAGGCAAAGCGAGAGGCUGUUCGACAUCGACGCCAAAUCCGGUGUCUUAUCGACGGCGGUGCCACUUGAUAGAGAAGCUGGACAAGAAUUUUAUACCGUCACCGUUUAUGCGAUAAUAGUCAACUCUGCCUCGCCCAGGGCUUCUUCAACACAGAUCCAAGUACGCGUCCUGGACAAAAACGACAGUCCUCCUUCUUUCGAAGGCAUGCCGACGGAGUUCUCGGUGUCCGAAGAGCUCGGCGUGGGCGAGACGGUGGCCGAGGUGAAAGCCGUCGAUCCGGACACGAUCGGCCAGACGAGUUACAGCCUCGUCUCAGGUGGCGAGGGGAAGCUGACCGUCUCAUCAUCGGGGAUGAUAAUCAUCACAGAACCCCUGGACAGGGAGGCGAAGGACUCCUACAGCCUCAGGGUGAGGGCGACGGAUGGUGUCCAGGCAUCGCACACCCUCAUCGCGAUACACGUGACAGACACGAACGACAACCCGCCAGUUUUCCUCGAGUCCGUGUACAGUUUCGACGUGAGCGAGGAGACGGGUCGAGGAACCAAAGUCGGUUCGGUCUCCGCCAAGGAUUCAGAUCUCGGAUUGAACGGUCAAGUUUCCUAUUCGGUCAUUUCCGACUGGGCCAACGACAUUUUUUCUCUCAAUCCUCAGACCGGGGUGUUUACGCUGACGGCACGUCUCGACUACGAAGAGGUUCAACAUUAUAUUUUUGUCGUGGAGGCCGAGGACGGUGGGAAACCGGCUUUGUCCUCUACUGUAUCAGUCUACAUCAACGUGCUCGACGUCAACGAUAACGCGCCACUUUUUGACCCGAUGUCUUACAGCAACGAGGUCUUCGAAAAUGCGACCAUCGGGACGAGCGUCGUGACAGUCACUGCUACCGAUCUCGACUCAGAUGACAACGGCCGUGUCGAGUACAACAUAAUAUCCGGCAACGACGAUUCCGUGUUCGAGAUCGACAUCGACAACGGUACGAUCCGGACCCGAAGAAAUUUGGACAGGGAGGCCAAGUCUUUGUAUAAUUUGGUGGUUAUGGCGUCCGAUCAGGCGAAACUACCUCCGCACCGUCUCUCUUCCACAGUCCAGGUGAGCGUGGUUGUCAAGGAUGUCAACGAUAUGUGGCCAGAGAUUGUACCGCCGAAGGAAGCGUCGGUGGUCGAAAAUGCAGCCGCCGGGACGUUGGUCCUCAUCAUCAAGGCUGUCGACAAGGACGAAGGAAGAAACGGUUACAUCGAGUACAGACUAAGCGGCGAAGGGGCUUCUUCUUUCACCCUGGGUGCGGUCGACGGCCUCCUCAGGGUGUCUCAACCCCUUGACAGGGAAAGCAAGGCCAACUACACCCUCGAAGUGACGGCCAGAGACCGGGGAGAACCUCCUAAAUCGACCAAAACCGCCCUUUUUGUCAACGUGCUCGACAUGAACGACAAUUCGCCAGUUUUCGACCCGAAACAGUAUUCAGCCUCUGUACCAGAAAACGCCAGCAUCGGUGCAAGUGUCCUUCAGGUGUCUGCGACGGACGUUGACGAAGGUAUGAAUGGUCGGAUCCGAUACGCUAUAGUCGGAGGAGACGACAACAGGGACUUUUCCAUCGGCGAGGACACCGGGGUGGUUCGCGUAGCCAAGAACUUGAACUUCGAGAGGAAGUCGCGUUACACCCUGAGGGUGAGGGCGGAAGACUGCAGCCAGGAGAGCGCGGUACGCCACGACACUGCGACCAUCACCGUGUCCGUAAGCGACAUCAACGACAACCCGCCGACAUUCCUCGACUCACCCUACUUGGCCUACGUGAUGGAGAACGUAGUACCACCUUUGGACGGUUACGUUGUUACCGUGGCGGCCCACGACGCCGACACCCCGCCAUACAACGGCCAGGUGCGAUACUUCCUGAAGGAAGAGGGCGACCGGAGGCUCUUCAAGAUCAACUCGACUACCGGAGUGGUGAGCUUGCUGAAACCUCUCGACAGGGAGCAACAAGCCGAAUACACUCUCACCCUCGUCGCCAUGGACACAGGUACUCCACCUUUGAUCGGUUCGGGUUCUUUGAAGAUAAUAGUCCAGGACGUGAACGACCACAGUCCCGAAUUCGACAGGAGUGUUUAUGUCGUAAGCGUACGUGAGAACCAACCGGCAGGGACUCGUGUCAUCCAGCCCGUUGCGACUGACCUGGAUUUCGGCCUGAACGCUAAAAUAAAGUACAACUUGGUCGGCGAUAACGUGGAAAGGUUCAAAGUUGACCCAGACACAGGGUUGAUCGUUACGACGGAAGAACUCGAUAGAGAAGAGACUAAAGUUUACUACCUGACGUUUGUCGCUAAAGACUGCAGUUUAACAGACCCUAAAGCUACUGCUGUUAAUUUGACGAUAAUAGUCAGCGAUGAUAACGAUAACAGUCCAACGUUUUCUUCAGCAACUUAUGACAUCAACAUACCAAAUUUUACAAAGCCAGGGCAAUUUGUUUUUGGCGCAAAAGCUUCAGAUCUAGAUGAAGGAGAAAACAGCAAAAUAACAUACAGCCUCAAAGGAAGAGACGCUGCUAAAUUUACCUUAGAUCCGAGAACAGGAGUGAUAAAGGCUGCAUCCGAGUUGAGUUUUGAAGAGAGCAAAUCCACCGAAGGAGAGUACAAAGUUAAAAUCAUCGGUACCGACGGAGGCGUGGAACCGAGAGUAGCUCUCGCCGAUCUAACCAUCAAACUAAUGCCUAUCAGGAACUUUCCUACAAUCAAAACACCCAACACGACACAUUUCACUCUUCCGGAAGACAUCGAAGUCGGUAAACUGAUAACUAAAAUCAUGGCCAGUUCUCCCAAGCCGGGAAAAGCGGGUGUAAUCCAGUUUGCCAUAGCCGGAAGCAAUAUCGGAGAUGCGAUCAGGGUGGACCCGACAUCGGGAGAAGUCUUGGUCGCCGGUGGAGGACUCGACUAUGAAACGACACCCCAGUAUGAAGUUUGGAUUGAAGCGAGAGACUCGGACAAUCCACCGCUGCGUUCUGUCGUUCAGUUGAUCAUAAAUAUAACCGACGCGAAUGACAACCAACCAGUGCUGGAACUGCCGAUUUACAACGCGAUGAUCUUGGAAGAAGAGCCUCCACAGCAAGAAGUUGUCACUGUAAAAGCGACAGAUGCAGACUCCGGCUUAAACGGGAUGGUAUCUUACAAACUCAGGAACGACGCAAACGGUACUUUUUCUAUCGAAUCAGACACCGGGGAGAUAUACACGAAUUAUAAAUUAGACAGGGAAUUCAUGUCCUCUUAUCAAUUGAUCGUCGAAGCUGUGGACAGAGGUACACCGCAACUAACAGGCACCGCUACAGUUUCAGUUACGGUUCAAGACAAAAACGACAAUCCACCGAGGUUCACUAGGCUGUUCAGCGUCAACGUGACUGAAAAUGCCGAAAUCGGAUCUUUCGUCAUUCGGCUGUUGAGCUCCGAUCUGGACAGUGGGGAAAACGCCAACGCGACGUACAUGUUUAGUCAAAAUCCUGGAAAGAAAUUUGCCAUCGAUCCGUUGACGGGGAAUGUGACUGUAGCCGGACCUCUGGACAGGGAAACUCAGGACGAAUAUUUUCUGUAUGUCGUGGCUUACGACGGAGCGUGGACUGCAGCGACUCCUCUCACCGUUACGAUACAAGAUCAAAACGACAACGCGCCCGAGUUCGAUCAUUCCUAUUACAGCUUCAAUUUUCCAGAACUUCAAAGGAAUGUCAGAUUCGUGGGACAAGUCUUGGCUUCUGACAGGGACAAACACGGCCCGAAUUCCGUAAUCUCCUAUUCGCUCAAACAUCCUUCCGAUCUGUUCACCGUCGAUCCUGCGAGCGGAGAGCUGUUUUUCAAACGGGCUUUGCGGUACAAAUAUUCCGCUUUGGAUCCUUCACCGGAAAAUCAGUACUCGUUAACCGUUUUAGCGACGGAUAACGGAAAACCGCCCAUGUCAUCGGAAUGUUUGGUAACGAUCAACGUCGUGGACGCUAACAACAACGCUCCCAAAUUCGAACAGAGGGAGUAUUUCUCGCCGAUUUUACAGAACGCUAAAGUUGGCCAGCAGAUAGUCAGAGUGAUGGCUACCGAUGAACAGGAUUAUGGGAUAAAUGCAGAAAUCGAAUACGUCAUAAGAGGUGGAAACGGUUCGGAUCUGUUUACUAUCGACAAAGACACUGGCUGGAUAUCUCUUCUCAAACCGUUCGACGGGAGUGAGAAAAUCUCGACACAGUACAUUCUUCAAAUCCGUGCCCUCGACCACGGCGUGCCUUCCCAACACGACGACGUUCGAGUCACUUUGGUGAUUACAGGAGAAAAUAAGUACCCACCGGUGUUUACGGCGUUAAGUUAUCAAGUGAAUGUUCACGAAAACGAGCCGAUAGGUUCGACCAUCGUCACUGUCGCUGCGGCGGACAUGGACGAAGGUCCUAACGGCAUGAUCAGGUACGUGAUAUCGAACGGUAACACCGAAGGGCAUUUUACAGUCAACCCCCUCACAGGCGCAGUCACCAUUUUACACGAGCUCGACUACGACACGAUGAAAGAAUACAAAUUGAACAUUACUGCCAAAGAUCUCGGUUUCGCCCCUCGCACGGCCAAAGCGAUGUUAACGGUCAUUCUUACCGAUAUAAACGACAACCCUCCGACAUUCAACCAGACCGCUUACGAAGCUGUCAUACCAGAAAACUCCCCACCGAACACUGUCAUCUACCAAGUCAAAGCCGUCGACAUAGAUUCACCAAAGAAUUCCAUCAUACAAUACUCGAUAGUAGGAGGCUCUGGCAAAGACUACUGUGAUAUCGAUUUAAAAACAGGAACCAUUACUUCUAAGGUAAAAUUCGAUUAUGAAGAAAGAACCAAGUACACUCUGGACAUCCUUGCCGUAAAUCCGGAUUCUCCCAUGUACGGAUCUACAAAGGUGAUAGUGAAGGUUUCAGGCGUUAACGAAUAUUAUCCCACUUUUGUUCAGCCCGUAUUUCAUUUUGACGUAUCGGAAACUGCUGAAAUGGGCUCGACCGUAGGGAUGAUUCAGGCAACAGACUUAGACUCAGGAGACGACGGCAAAGUCUAUUAUCUUUUCGUCGGUUCCAGUAAUGACAAAGGGUUCGCUAUAAACCCAGAAAGCGGGAUCAUCACGGUGUCCAGGAGGCUGGACAGAGAAACUCAAAACCGUGUCGUUUUGACGGUAAUGGCUAAAAACGCCGGCGGCAUCAGAGGCAACGACACCGACGAAGCCCAAGUGAUUAUAACGAUACAGGACGGUAACGAUCCCCCGGAAUUCUUGCAGCAGUUAUACGAAACGGACAUUUCCGAAGCCGUGCCUAGAGGGACCAAGUUGAUUUCCGUGAAAGCCGUUGACAAAGACGUAAGACCGCAAAAUAAUCAAUUCAGCUAUUCCAUCAUCAGCGGAAACACUGGGCACGUCUUUAAAAUCGAUUCGCAGAACGGAGACAUCGAAACCGUUUUAUCUUUGGAUCGGGAAAAGACACCGUUUUAUUCCCUGGUGGUGGGAGCGAUAGACAUCGGUUCGCCUCCAGAGACCGGGACGACGAUGGUCAAAGUUAUCGUGACGGACGUCAACGAUAACGGCCCAUCAUUCGAUCCUCCAAAUUUAACCGGUUACGUCGUAGAAAACGAGCUGCCUAACACGAGCGUUAUGACUCUGAGUGCCACAGACCCCGAUCUUCCUCCAAACGGUGCUCCAUUUGCAUACACCGUCGUCGGCGGAAAAAGCAGGGACUUCGUCAGGAUUGAUCGAAACACUGGUGUUGUCAAAACCACUAGAAUAAUCGACCGAGAAACCACGCCCGAACUAGAAAUAAUUGUUGAAAUUGAAGAUAGCGGCCAUCCAAAAAUGAAAUCCCGCCACCCAGUCAAAAUAUCCGUAAUCGAUCAGAACGACAGUCCUUCUACGCCGAGAACUGUUCACAUCAUGGUUUUCACGUUUAACAGUUUGUUCCCGACCGGCCUAAUCGCAGACGUCCAUCCCAACGAUGCCGAUACAUCUGGAGACUACCACUGUACAUUAUUAGACAAUCCUACAGUUCGAGGUCUACUGUCCAUUCCGACAGGAUGCGGUCUUCAUACUUCAAGGGUGGCUAUCGGCCAAAAAUAUUCAUUCAGCGUGUCCGGUAACGAUGGAAAACAUCCAGACGCGAUUUCAACCGCCACCAUUGAGUUUUUCACAUUUGACAACGCGACUGUCGAAAAUAGUUUCACAUUGAGAAUAAACAACAUGAGUGCACAUAGUUUCCUCACUUAUCAUUACACGUCAUUUGUCAAACUUUUGAAAUCGACAUUCGAACCUACAGAUUCUCCCUAUUUAUACAGUUUACGCGAACACGAAAACGGCCUAGAGUUGUCAAUAGCUGUGAAAUCAAAUAAAGGAUACCGAAACAAAGUGCAAGUCUUGGAAAUUUUGAGUCGGAAAGAAGAUGCCAUUCGAGCUCUGAUACGUGCCACGUCUAUCGUAAUCAGUUAUUCACCGUGUAGCAAUACGACAUGCAUGAACGGUGGGUUUUGUUCGGAAGCUAUAAAUGUUUACGAAGACACGAGGAGAACAGACAGCCAGACACUGAUAUUCACAUCGCCGCUCGUUAAUCACGAAUUUACUUGUAAAUGCCCGGAGGGAUUCACCGGUCAAAAAUGCGAAAGGCGACAGGACCCGUGUUCUCCGAACCCGUGCUUGGCCGGAGGCACUUGCAGAAGGCAAGGUUUCGACUUUCAAUGUCUAUGCCCUCCGAUGCGCGAGGGGAGAGUUUGCGAAUCCGAAAGGGGAGAUAUGUGCAGUGGGAAUCCUUGCAAAAACGGUGGAUCUUGUCAAGAGAGCCCGGACGGUUCUUCGUUUUUCUGUCUGUGCAGGCCAGGCUAUCGUGGAAACCAGUGUGAAGCGGCUACAGACUCUUGCCGUCCUAAUCCUUGCCUUCACGGAGGUCUGUGCAUCAGCCUCAAACCUGGCUACAGAUGCAGCUGUCCUGAAUCAAGGCACGGUCGGCACUGCGAAAAAUCUACUUUUGGAUUUAACGAGUUGUCUUACAUGGCCUUUUCACCGCUCGACGGAGGGACCAACGACCUCUCUAUCACAUUCGCGACUACAAAACCCGAUUCGUUGCUUAUUUACAAUUUUGGACCACAAACGGGAGGAAGAUCAGAUUUUGUCGCUCUGGAGCUGAUCAAUGGAAAAGCCGUGUUUUCUUAUGGCGGGACGAGAACAGCUAUAACAUCGGUUAGCGUGACCGGAAGCGACGCAUCGCUCGCAGAUGGAGAAUGGCAUAAAAUAACAGCUACGAGAAACGGUAGGCUAGUCUCGCUCAGCAUCUCAUCGUGCACAGACAACGGUGAUUCGUGUACGGACUGUCGACCGGAGGACACCGCAUGCUAUGCCAACUUAGUCGGUCCUGCUGGAACGCUCAAUUUUAACAACUUCCCGAUGUACAUCGGAGGAUUGAGCUCAGCUGAUCCUAUACUGGAAAGGCCUGGGCAAGUACACUCCGAUGAUUUCAUCGGUUGCGUGCACAGCGUUUCUAUCAACGGAAGAGCUCUGAAUCUGACCAAUCCUAUGAAAUCAAAAGGGAUAUCGUCGAUGUGCCCUCGCUCCGGCAGGUCGAUGUGUACCGGUGUUUCCUCUAAUUCCAUCCCUGACAGCACCGAGCAAGCGUCCUUCUUCAGACCGUCUUGCGGCAGCGAAGGGAAAUGUUUCGACAAGUGGCAUUCCGUAUCAUGUUCCUGCGAUCAAAACGGUUUAAUUUCGCCGGACUGUAGCGAAUCCUUGGAGCCAGUUUCCCUUUCUAGCGGAGGCUAUGUGGAAUACAAAAUUUCAGAGACGCACAGGCGUAUGCAACUUUUGGACACGCUCUACGGUGGUUCGACACUAUGGCACUCAAGGAAUAUAGACAGAACUAGAAGAAAUUCCGUUAAAACUACCAUUUCGCCGCAACAACCUCCAAAACACUUGAGCAUCAUGUUCAGAACAUACAAAGCAGAUGGGACUAUCAUAUUUUCCGCCACAAACAGCGAUUUCACCAUAAUUCAGCUUUUGAAUGGCCAGUUGGUUUACACUUCACAACUCGGAUCUACGGCUUAUCCGGUCAAUAUGACAGUCGGUGAAUUGAUGCUCACCGACGGACAGUGGCACAAUAUCACUCUAGAAUCGCAAUACCAAGGGCUGAGAUUGAUAGUCGAUGGGCAUAAAGUCGGAGACGAACUCGAUGCCGCCAGUGUACAUGAUUUUCUCGAUCCGUACCUUACAGAAUUUUCGGUCGGCGGAGCAAGAAAAGACGCCAUCCAGGGCCACGAAUUUUACCCUCACAGUUUCAUAGGUUGUCUAGCCAAUUUCACCAUAAAUGAUGAAAUCCAACCUCUUAACGGUUCCGGAAGUAUAUUCUCAGAAGUGAUAAUCCACGGAAAGGUGGAAGCAGGAUGCUCCGGACCACUCGGGAUUGGCGCAGCAGUCACCACUGACCCUCUGUCAAUCGGGAUUUCUCUAAUUUUGGUAUUUUUCGUCAUUUUAUUCAUCGCCAUUUUGGCGUCGUUCGUCGUCUUCCGACUGAGGCGACAGGCCAAAGAGAAAUCCGGCGUUAUGAAAUCCAACGGAGGCGGAUCUCUGAGAGGUACAGGAGGAGGCGUCGGAGGUCUACCGUGUGACCGUUCCGGUUCCAUGCAAGAAGGUGCAGUCACCAGUUUCAUAACAGAAAACGGCGACGUGAUCCGCGGCGUCGGCCACCAUCUCGUCGGUCCAGAAUUAAUAUCCAAAAAAUACAAAGAUCAAGACGCCAUUUCUGAUCAUCAGCAGAGGACACAAAGACCAGAUAUAAUAGAAAGAGAGGUCGUAAGCAAAUCACCACCCCCUAGAGACGAUCACCAUCCACCCUUGCCUCUUUCUCACCAUUCCCAUGAUGCCGUAAUGGACUCUGACAUGCCGGAGCAUUACGACUUAGAAAAUUCUAGUUCAAUAGCUCCUUCAGACAUAGACAUUGUAUAUCACUACAAAGGCUAUCGAGAAGGGAGUAGAAAUCUUAGAAAGUACAAAUCCACUCCUCCACAUCUACCUCCGGGAGCGCCUGUUUUCCACAAGCAUACAGUAUCGACGCCGCCGCAUCACAGGCACUCGCCCCAUUUCCCUUCUAGGUCGGUCCUGCCUCCACCGCCUGUAUCGAGGGUGGACUCGCCUUCUAAAAUACAACUUCAACACCAAAGUACGCCCUUGGCGAGGCUGAGCCCUAGCUCCGAACUCUCCCAACAAAUGCCGAGGAUACUGACUCUUCAGGAUAUAAGUGGGAAACCCUUGCAGUCUGCAUUGCUAGCUGCGACAUCCUCCUCAGGAGGUGUGGGGAAGGAUGUGCUUCACAGCAAUUCGGAGCGUAGCCUCAACAGCCCCGUGAUGUCCCAACUUAGCGGGCAGAGUUCGGCGAGCAGGAAGACCCCGGGGGUGGCCGGCGGAGGGCCGGGCUCAGGAGUCGGAGGUACAGGCGGAAGCGGAGGUGAAGUCGGCCUCACCGCGGAGGAGAUCAACAGGCUGAGCUCGAGAGGUAGGACGUCCAGCUUAGUAAGCACACUGGACGCCGUGUCCAGUUCGAGCGGAGCGCCGCCAAACGGACCACCGCUUCAUCUGCACAGGUCCAGCGACCAGCACGACGGCGAUGGAUCAACCACGACGACCACCACCGACGAAAGUGGAAACGAUUCGUUCACCUGUUCGGAAAUCGAAUACGACAACGCUAGCGUAUCGAACGAAAAGACUAGAAAACCCGGGUACGACAUCGACUCUUCGUUUCGUGGGUCUUUGAGCACGUUGGUCGCAUCCGACGACGAUUCCCAUCCGCCGUACCGCCCUCGAAACGGCUCCCCGGGCGUCAUCGGCUUAGACUACCUUCUAAACUGGGGGCCAAAUUUCGAAAGCAUCGUAGGCGUUUUUAAGGAUAUCGCAGAACUGCCUGAAACCAACGGACGGGUGUCGUCAUCCCUUAGGCUGCCAAACGGUUCUGCGAAACCUUCUGAAGAAUACGUUUAAAUUAACCUCGGAUCAGGCGUUUUUGAUCCUUUCAGGGACUGUAAAUAUUAUAAAUAUAUUUUAAAGUACAAUACCUCUGUGACUGAUUUUCUCUCAUGAUUGUGCUCAAUCGUCUGUGUAUUUGCCAUAUUAAAUGAAAUGUACAUAUUGAUUUGUGUAUACUAGGUUUCUCCAGUGUAAAUAUAACUUGUUAAUUUUGUAGAAUGGAUGAUCGUUGAAUGAACGAGUUUGUUAAACACAAAGUAGUAUUGUUAAUAGGAGACAUAGCCAUAUACGGUAGUGCCAAAUAUCGUUGUUCGAUUUACGUUUGUAUGUAUGUUGAGGAUUUGACAACAUUUUGUGAAUAAAUUUUAUAAUAAAAUUA